UCUUUCCUGCUCAUGUAGGGGGCUGCUUCUCUGCUUGUGAUAUCAGUAUGCUCUGCCAUCAUUUCCAGUUCUUCUUUAGCCCUCUUCUGCUUGUGACAUCACUUACCGUCUUCAUCCCAGUCAUUCCAACCCUCACCUUCAGCCUUUGACUUCACUUCCUGUGCUGAAGCCACUCCUUUCUAAACAUGGCUCCUCUGCCUCUGACAUCUUUGACAUCACAUCCUCCUGACCCCAGAUAAGAUGUACCCCAUCUUUGUGACAUCACUGAGGUCACAGAUGCUCAGCAAUCCCAUGGGAAGGUGUGGCUGUGGGGAUGCCCUGUGCCCUGCUGCUGCUCCUGAUUGUCCUUUGCCUCCAAGAGGCAGGGAGCUGCCUCCACUGUGACCGACGCUUCCUGGAGGCCUUGGAGGCGCUGUUGGGGGAGGUGGUGCCACCCACGGUACCGCAGCGGGACACCCUGAUCCGGCACCACAUUGAGGCUUUCACUCAGCUCUACACCCUCCACCUCCACGAGAAGCAGCACCGUGUGCUGGAUGUCCGAGGGGUUCAGUCUCUGAAGUCUGCUUUGACCACAUGGCUGAAAGGUGUCAAGGAAGAGCCCUGGAAAGGGGUGAACUUGCUGCAGCUGGCUCUGGCCCAGCAGCGUGAUUCGCUCCUGUCCAGCCUGCAUGGUGCCCUUGAGAGAUUUGCCAACCUUGCCUGCUCAGAGGAUUGCACUAUGACCGAAGGGCCAGUCCUGGACUGCUGGACGUGUCUGCGCAUCAACGCCCAGUGCUUCAGUGGGGAGCUGUGUGGAGAGGAGGACAAGAGGGAGGUCGAACAGAAGGAAAUCAUUCUGUACCUCUUCCUGGUGUGCGAAUGCGUGCUUCUGGGGUCAGGCACCCUGCUGUACUGUGUGUGCUGGCGGCUCCGCCGGCGUACGCGGAAACAGGCCUAGCGGGCCUGAAGGCUGGAGCUGUUGUGGGUCAGGGAUCCAGGGACUGUCAGCAUCAGUCGGCAUCAGACCCGGAAGCAGAGGUGGGCAGGGGCCCAGCCCUCCCCACCUCCCCCCAGCCUCAGUGUUGUGGACAUAAAGAACAGGUGCAGUUUGUAGACACAGAGUGGUCCUUAUUGGGAAGAAGAGGAGUUUGGUGCAGAUGGGCUGGGAGCUGGACUAUGCUGCUCCACCCCUGCCCCAGCCCUGGUAAAAUCUGUGUGCAAGGAAGGAGCCCCCCAGGGGGCAC